AUGAGUGGUGUGCCUCCAGCGUAUCCAGUGGACUCAAACAUCGGCGUGCCAAACGCCCAUACGCAGCAACGGCUCCCCGCGUCUGGUAGCCAAAGUAACACCAGCAGUCGCGUUAUUAUUGGUGGCGUUGCUCCACCAACAAGUACGGGACGUCCUCAUCUUCCUCUACCGCUUCCACCGGUAAAGGGAGCCGCCUCGCAGCCUCCGCUAACGGGAACGGGGUCCGUGCCUGCGCCAGGUCAUCCACCUAUGGGGCGUCUGACGCCGUUGCAACACCGAACAUUGGACGGGACUGAGGCGCAGCCCGGGGCUCGACCCUCCCCACCACCGCGGCUGCCGAUGAAUUCCUCAACGACUCAACCUACCGAAGCAUCAGGGGCGGCUGAGAAUGGAGAUGGCCAAAGUAGUGCCGCCGGCGGGCUCCCAACUUUUCACGCGACGAUAAAUCCUCUGUCGCCAAUAUCACAACAGGAGCAGCUGCGCCAGCAACGACAACAUACACCUUCAAGGAAAACAACGGAUCGCGCGGGUACUUCAUCGGCAAGAUCGCGCAAGACAAUGACACCUGCGAGCCAACAAGGCACUCGACCACAAAGUGCCAUUUCUGGCGAGGAAACAGUAGAGGUACUUUGUCCAUUGCCAACGCAGACUCGCCCUGUCGAACGUUUCUUUGUGGAGUUUAAUCCGGGUGCCAUUGUGGGAAAUGGUCGUGACGACAAUGCUAUGUAUGAAGAAGCUCUGCUUUUCGAUCGACUUGCGGAGUAUACUGAAGAUGAUUCCUUCUUUUCAUCGGGUUCUUCCGUGCUGGAGGAGGACCCACGCCGUCUGCAAAAAGACAUCUUUCGGGAGCGUGCUGUACGCUCUGUUUAUGAUACACUGAACCUGCGUGCCCUCACAGGUGGACGGACACCGCAGGAAUUAGAGGACAAAAACCGAGAAAAUGCAGGCUGGAUGUACCAAGUUCACCGGCGUGCCAUUGCGCUGCAUCAUUCUUCCUUUUUUGUAUUUCCAGCAGGUAUGAAGGCACGUGUUGUGACGUAUAAUGUGUUGCACCAUUGGCUUAUGGAGUUGAUGAUUCUACUGAUCAUACUUGGGUACUCCAUUUUUACCGCCUCCUGGUCGCGCUAUGGGGCACCGGAGUUUGAAAAACCGGACUUUAUGGUUUUUGCAGAUUUUCUUUACACGAUUCUUUACGGUAUUGAGAUUAUAGCACGGCUGUUUGCAUCCGGGUGUAUUCUUCAUUCACGUGCAUACUUUCGAUCUCCGUGGCAUUGGCUUGACACAGCGGUUUUUGUGCUGAUGAUCAUGAAUUGCACUCAAUGGAGGGAUCUAUGGAAUUUUACAGCUUUUCGCCUUAUUCGCAUUAUCAAGGCCUGUACUUAUCUUCCAUUACCGAUUCGGAUGAAAAUUAUUGCCAAAUCUGUUUUGCGGUCUACAUGUAAGCUGUUUCAGACUUCCAUUAUUCUUGUGUACGCACUCUUUUUCUUUGCCUUGUUGGGAUUGCAGCUAUUCCGCGGGGUGCUGCAUUAUCGGUGCGUGAACUCCCUGACAGGUGCUGCGACUUCGCAGCUUUGCCGACCAGAGGCAACGGGGCACUACUGGUUCUAUUGGGGUCAUGUAUGUGACCCCGGAUAUAUUUGUAUUUCGGAUGGAUUUCCAAAUCCAAAUUAUGACUUUCGCAGCUUUGAUGACGUGGGGCAUGCGCUGCUUUCGACGUUUCAAAUUAUGACUUUUCAGGGGUGGACGAGCCUACUGCAGGAGACCAACGAUGCGGUGACAACACUGGCGUUCUUGUACUACUUCUUCACCAUUCUUUUAUGCGCCUGGCUCAUUCCAGGCCUUUUCAUUGGUGUUUUUAUUGAGAAGAUUGAGAAAACCAGCCGUCUUUUUGAACAGAAACAACUGGAACUCUUUGACGCCAUGCUGCUGGAGCAGCGACAACGCUUGACGGAGGCCAUCAAACUGCGGGACUUUGUAGAGCGUGACGAAUGUGGGCGGUUACGAGGUCAUCUUGCCGAGGCUGCUCCGGAGGAUACUAGCUAUCCGACGCUGCGCGUUAACUCUGCCAGCAGCAAUGGGAAAUUUCCGGAAAGUGGAUCUUUCAAUUCGCGAAAUAGCGAACGUAACACGUCCGUCGUCACUGGUUCCAGCGGUGCCGCCAAGAAGCGCACCAAAUGGACGGACGAGCAACGGGUGCAGUUGCAUCUCUCUCUUACACGGCAACGCGACAUUGCAGAGCAGGGUGAGAGGAGACGUCGUGUGAUUUUUAAAGUUGAUAAGAAGGAGACGGAUCACACGAAUGGAAAUUUUGAAAUGUCUUCCGUAUCCACGAAUACGACAAAUAAUAUGGGGGGCGGGGACUUUGCGCUCGGUGGGCGUGUGGGGACGGUGCAGCACCACCCUCUUACCUACACGAUUGGCGCAGCGCACGGCACCAGGUUGCCUCUGGCCGUACGCCUGGAGAAUGAACAGGAGCGAUUGCAGUUCCUAAAGUAUUAUCAACAAGCAGAGGAAGCGGACGACACGACUCUCCAAGGCGGUCUCACCCGUGGCUCACGAGGGGUUGAUGGAAGCACAAACAAUAAUAUGAACUCUUCACAUUUGUCGCAUUCGCAUCCAAUGAGACGCGGUGUGGGCCAUGGGGACGAAAUGGGAAGUGAUAUUAUUACCAUACGGGAGUCUGCCGGGGUCAUUCCAAAUCGUCGAUCUGCGACAACGCGAGGCAACACCAGUGGCGCUUCUACCUCGCUUCGCACAAGUACCGCGGCAGCCGCCGCCUUAAAUGGCUCGGCAGGUGGAGUAGCACAGUCACAGGAAAUUCUCAUUCACGAUCCCGAAGGUGGUGACUUCCGCUACGCCAAAACAUUUGGACAGAGUUGGGGAAUCAUACGCAACAUUCUUCAUAUGUUUACCGAGGGAUGCCCUCGUAUUCUUACACAAUAUCUCUGGGAGCAUAGACGGAUGCAAACCCGCUUUGGUUUACUGCCACUUAACUACGUGAACAAGUAUGAGGAAGCUGCCCUUCGUAAACUGCGUCAAAAAAGAGCACGUCGAGGGAAAUUGAUUCUUAAAAACAAUCGUAUUGAAGACGACGGCACGGAUGAUUACAGUGAACCGGAAGAGCCUGCGAAUGAAGAUCAAGAGUACCUUGGAAAACUUUCACCCAUACGCAUGGCAAAAAAUAUUGUUGAGAACGCACCUGUUACCUUAUUUAGUGGUAUAAUGCUUUUUCUCGUUUUUGCCAAUGGCGUAUUUAAUGCAUCGCGUCACUAUGGACAGCCUGUUUAUUGGGAAGACGGUCUCUUUAUCGCGGGUGUGUGUUUCACUUCAUUGUUCAUGCUGGAGCUUAUCAUUCGUUUUAUUGUAUUGGGACCAGGUCCCUUUGUAUGUGAUUUCAUCAACGUGAUUUGCGUGAUUGUUACCGUCAUUGGCUUCUUUGAAUUGGGCUUUGGUCACUCCAACACAAUCACGGUGCUGAAUUGGGUACGGUUUCUACGACUUUUUCGCAUUGCACCAUUCGCUCCAAUGCGACGGGUAACACGAGUGUUUCUCCUUGGAUUUCAGGAUAUUGUCUAUGCACUAAUCCUUUUCUCUGUGUACAUGUUUAUGUGGAUUUUGACGGGCAUGAGUUUUUUUGGGGGACGCUUUGGUAGACUAACGACUCAGAAUGACGAUUACGCAACAAUUGGCUUCUUUGACACCUUUUCACAUGCCACGUUUGCCGUCGCACAGGCGUUUUCGUACGUUCGUGACGAGUGGUUGUACCUGUCGUGGGACGGUAUGCGGGUCCGUGGUGGAUACACGAUCAUAUACUUUUUGGCGGUUGUUUUUGUGGCGUUUAUAUUCCGUUAUUUAUUCAUCGCCGUCUUUGCAUGGGCCUGGCAACAACAAGAAGAGCGGGAAGAUUAUGUUUUGCAUACAACGAGUAAAGGUGGUCAUCAAAACCGUGGAGGGCCGCGCCUGCAUUGGUUUGAUUUUACAGUGUGGCGGUCGUUUAAACACAUUCAUGGUGGGUUUGAGCGACGCGACGUGGCACCUGAUGAAGUAUUUCACCUCAAUCAAGACAUGCGUCGGCAACUUCGUAUUGCUGAAGCAAAGGAACGCUUCACUAGAGAAAGCAUGACACGGCGUGGCUUCUCCGCGGACCCUCAAACGAUAUUUUCUGACAGUUUCAGCACGAAUGGAAACGUGGCAUCGUAUGGGAUGCCAUCGUCCGCUCCCCCUUUGAUGUUGGCCCCGCAGUUUGUCAACGUUGGCGGUCAGCUUCAGCGGCAAAUGAGUAUGCCGAGUACAUUUGAUGAGCCUCCCCCACAUCCUGCGCAAGCACCUAUUUCUCGGUUUCAGGCAGAAAACGCCCAGCUACGGUUUGCUCGACGCUACAGUGCCGUUCCUGCAACACCGUAUCGGGGCGUUGCCGAAGAAUUGAAUGGUGCGCAUUUUUUGCCCGUUACGUCGACUCCAUCUGACCAGGCAUUACAUAAUAGCAAUGGUUCUGUUGCCGAUACAGCAGCAGAGACUGAAGGCCUUUCCCACCAAAUUGGAGGGCGAGCGUCAGGUUUAUAUGGAGUGCAUGGCUCCAGUAACUUGCCCAAUGAACAUCAUUCAAGUGUCACUGGUUACUUUACCACCUUGGGAUACGAUAAAUCCGGCGAAAAAAAAAAUGGAGAGGCGAUGGAAAAUUAUCAACAAAGCAGUGAAAAUGAGGAGAAUGGAGAUCCUGAAAACUCUGUCGUGGAUGGUGGUGGUGGUGGUGGUGGUAGUGGUGGGGUUGUUUACGAGCACGUCCUUCUUCCUGGUCCACGUCUACGCUAUAAGCAUAUCAUGGUGGGACGUCACCGCCGUGUCUUUGAACGCUGUCUGGACUGUAAUGUACAUAAGCAGAUCCCUUUGCGGGCCCCGCCAAAUGUUCAACAGCGCACGGCGGACGAAUUGCACGCCGAACAUUGUCAUAUGGCCGCAGUGCGCAGUUCACGACAGUUGGUUUUAAAUACCAUUAUAGGAUAUGUUCGUUUACAGAAGGAGUUAGGGGGACCACCGACGCGGGAGGCCGUAGAAACUGUUCUUGGACAGGCCUGGAGCUGUGGCAUGUUACUCUUUGAGAGCAUUGAAUAUCUUUCCUGCGCUGAUAUUGAAUUAAGGGAAUACCGCACGUGGGAUCGUACGCUUGAGGCAUUACAAUUGCAGCAAUGGUUGAUUGGUUUACAUCUUGGGGAGGAACAGGUGGGGCGUGCCACCCUCGCCUAUAUCCUUGCUCAUCAGAAAACACAAGAGCGAGUUGCCACUCACAGCUCUUUUCAUCGUUCAUGGCGUGAUCGGUCAUUUUUUAUUUUUUCUCCCAGUCAUCCGGCGCGUCGUUUCUUAACGGCUAUUGUGGAGUCCAAAUGGUUCGAAUGGUUUAUUCUUGCCGUUAUUUUUGCGGCUUCCAUUUGUCUCUGCUUCUACAGCCCGGAGGAUGAGGACCGUACCUCGAAGAAGUAUUUGGCAUUGCACAUUCUUGAUGACAUCUUUGCCAUAAUAUUUGCGGUGGAAAUGGUGCUCAAGUGGAUCAGCAUGGGUGUUGUUCUUGACUGUCACGUGGCGUACUUUUGGCACCGAUGGAAUACAUUUGACUGCUUUAUUACUAUUAUCUCACUUAUUGCCAUUGCGCCUAAGUACUCGCACUUUCGUUUUCUAAAAGUGAUGCGAUGCUUCCGUAUUCUUGGACCAAUGAGAUACUGUCGCUUCAACAAGGAACUCUCGAAGCUCGCACUGACCAUGUGGGACUCUGUGCCCACAUUGGUGAAUGUCUUGCUGUUGUUCUUGUUGAACUAUAUUGUGUGGUCUAUUCUCGCCUUGCGUCUGUUUAUGGGUCUAACACACAGCUGCACCUCCCACGCGUUUUCCAACAAAACCUCAUGUGAGGAAGCGGGUGCCAUGUGGCUUGGGCCGCAGCGCAACUUUGACAAUUUCUAUGAAAGUUUACUGACAAUGUUUGAGGUGAGCACGGGAUCCCGGUGGCUAGACGUCAUCUACACCGGCGUGGACGGGUGGUCGAUGGAGUUUGAGCCCAUUUACAACCGCCACCCAUCCAAGGGCCUGUUUUUUGUUGCGUAUUAUUACGUUUCACAUUUCGUCUUGUUCUCACUCUUUGUUGCCUCGCUCAUUUACUGCUAUCUGCUCGCUAAGAAUGCCGCGGAGGGUGUUACGGAUAUUACAUUUGAGCACCAACUCUGGUUACGUAUGCAACGCAUGAUUCUACGUCUCAGACCCCGUGUAGAGCUUGUACCGUUGGGUAAUUGCCUUUCGCGCUUCCUACACCGAAUUGUGAUCCAUCCCGCGUUUGAGUUGGUGAUGGCCGGCAUACUUCUUUGUAACAUGAUCACCAUGUCACUGUAUUGGUAUGGCAACAGCUCGAGGCAGGAGAAGGCCCUGGAUAUACUGGAGCACUUGUGGGUGGCUUUUUUUACACUGGAAAUACUCAUGAAACUCACCGCGCAUGGUUUACGUGCGUUUUCACGCUAUUCAUUUUGUUUUCAAGUGUUUGUCACAUCUCUUUCCUACCUUCAGAUUGGCCUGAACACGACGGUCGGAAAUCAUGUGCCGUUCAAUGUCAAUACGCUUCGUCUUUUACAUCUUGGUCGUAUGUUAAAACUUGUAGACUUUCUUGUGCCUGUGCGACACCAUCUCCAUUUACUGCACGAAGCAUUGUUGCUCUCUGCAUCUUCUCUUGUGAAUGUCACGUUGAUUUUGGCGCUUGCCGUUUUUGUAUUUGCAGUACUUGGCAUGCAUUUUAUUGGUCCUGUGGUUCCCGUUGCUGGGCAAUACAUUGACGAUACAUACAACAACUUCCGGACGUUUCCCAAUGCUCUUAUGAUGAUUUUUAGGCUGGCCACGCUAGAAGAUUGGGUCUCGAUGCUGCGAUCCAGUAUGUCCGAUGGAAAUAAUUGCCCAAUAUCUGACUGUAAAACGACGAAUUGGGCACCGGUGUUUUAUGUGCCCAUUGUCAUUUGCUUUGCCCUCAUGAUUGUUAAUUUGUACCUGGCGGUUGUCGUGGAUCAUUACGUGACAGUGGUACGCAUGAAGGCGAGUGUGGCACGCAUAAAUGAUCUACGUCGAUUUCGUGACCUGUGGUCGGCACGUGACCCUAACGCGACGCUCUUGUUACGGACGAGGAAAUUACCAGAGUUGCUGGAGGCAUUGCGACCACCGCUGGGUCUUAGUUCGCGGAAAAACCGUGCCGAGUUGUUGCGUCUUCUGCGUGAGUACGACAUCCCCGAUCACGGUGGUAAGGUUCAUUACUAUGAGGUCCUGUUGCCACUUGCCCGCCGUGUCCUCGCAAUGGCAUUUAGUGAAGACGAGAUAGAUGACGGUGUCAAAUUUGAGGCGGUGUGGCGACUCUCUGAAAGCUCCCUCCGCGCCUUGCCGACUGUGUUGGUGCACCACAGUAGCGCAACGGCCGCGCAGCACUUUGCGGCAAGUUAUGUGCAGGCCGCCUACCGCCGUGACAAGGCAUGCCGCAAGUUGCAUGAAAUGCGGGCUAAUUGUUGGCGCGAGGCUCGCCGUAUCUGUGAUGAACUUGGCCUGCCGUACAAAGAUUAUGGCUUUGGUGACGUUUCCCUGGAAGAUGAGGACCCGCGCAAUGAAGCCGCCCGUCGGGGUCUCUUGAAUGAGAGUACCAAUGAAGAGAAAAAGCAGAAGAAUGCUGCCGAUGUCACGGCGGCCGCUGCCUUCGCUGCCGCCGGCCGCUCUGAGUCAAUGACAACGGAUAGCAACGAAAGUUCUGGCAAACCAGCACCGGCCGCACGUCUGCCGGGACUUUACCAGCCGGCUAUCGAUGAGAAGGAGAAGCGUUUUGGUCCGGAUGUGCCUCAUGCCGUCCGCCGUCACGAGACCCGCUCCGAUAAACUUCGCCGUAAGGAAGAAGAACGCCAACAACAACAACAGCAGGACCCAAUGGACCGACAGCCGUCUGUACCACCAGCUCCACGCUCCACCGCACAGCGUAACCAAAGCAUCGAUUACCAACCACCGCUUGGAACGGACCCCAGCGAAUGGCUGCAGAAUGAGAUGGGCCGCCGCAUGAGUGGGGCCGGCGCAGGGACGCUUUCUUCCGCGAAUCACACCGGUGCGGGCGGCGGUGCUUCCCCAACAAAGGCGACGGCACCCCCAUCCUCAGAAGGUCUGGAUGGCAACGUGUAG